AUGACGAGUUUAAUUAACCCGGCGUAUAUGUUACCGGAGAAAGCAACUUCGUCUUCUUCGUUUUCAGUCGAGAGCGAUUCGAGUCCAGUGGACGCUGUCAUCUUCGCCGGAAUUUCGCUGGUUCUCGGCACAGCUUGCAGGCAACUCUUUAACGGCACUAGAGUUCCGUACACCGUCGUUCUCCUCGUCAUCGGCAUUGCUCUCGGAUCCAUUGAAUAUGGAAGUCAUCAUAACCUUGGGAAGAUCGGCCAUGGAAUUCGUAUCUGGAAUGGUAUUAACCCUGACCUUCUUUUGGCCGUGUUUCUGCCUGCUCUUCUUUUCGAGAGCUCAUUCUCCAUGGAUGUGCACCAAAUCAAGAGGUGUCUUGGACAAAUGGUUCUGCUUGCUGGCCCUGGAGUUUUGAUUUCUACAUUUAGCAUCGGAUCUCUUUUGAAGCUCACUUUUCCAUAUAACUGGGAUUGGAAAACAUCAUUGUUGCUUGGAGGGCUUUUAGGAGCUACCGACCCUGUUGCUGUUGUUGCUUUGCUAAAGGAGGUUGGUGCUAGUAAGAAGCUGACCACUAUGAUUGACGGGGAAUCCCUGAUGAAUGACGGGGUAUCAGUUGUAGUCUUUCAGUUGUUCUUCAAGAUGGUGAUGGGGAAUGAUUCUGAUUGGGGUUACAUAAUCAAGUUCCUUGCUCAAAACUCGUUUGGAGCUGUAGGCAUUGGUAUAGCAUUUGGCAUUGUAUCAGUUCUUUGGCUUAGAUUCGUAUUCAAUGACACAGUGGUUCAGAUCACUGUAACGCUUUCAGUGAGCUAUUUCGCAUAUUACACUGCUCAAGAGUGGGCUGGGGUUUCUGGAAUUUUGACUGUGAUGACUUUGGGAAUGUUUUUCGCUGCGUUUGCAAGGACAGCAUUUAAGGGUGACAGUCACCAGAGUUUGCAUCACUUCUGGGAAAUGGUCGCGUAUAUUGCAAAUACAUUAGUUUUUAUACUCAGUGGUGUUAUUAUCGCUGAAGGGAUUCUUACCGGUCAAAAAGUAUCUUACCAAGGAAACUCGUGGGGAUUUCUUUUUCUCUUAUACUUAUAUGUCCAACUUUCCCGAUGUGUUGUGGUUGGAAUUCUGUACCCACUGCUACGUCGUUUUGGCUAUGGCUUGGAUUGGAAGGAAGCAAUCAUACUCACGUGGUCUGGAUUAAGGGGUGCUGUGUCCCUAUCACUCGCUCUAUCUGUAAAACAAUCAAGUGGGAAUUUCUAUCUCAGUUCGGAGACGGGAACAAGGUUUCUGUUCUUCACGGGUGGGAUUGUUUUCCUAACUUUGGUGGUUAAUGGAUCCACUACCCAAUUACUCUUGCACCUUCUUGGCAUGGACUCUUUAACGGCCACCAAGAAACGAAUAUUGGAGUAUACAAAGUGUGAAAUGAUGAACACCGCCUUAAAAGCUUUUGAAAAUCUAGGAGAUGACGAGGAGCUUGGAUCUGCUGACUGGCAAACAGUUAUAACACAUAUUUCAAGCUUGACAGAUUUAGAAAGGGGACAAGUUAAUCCCCAAAAUGGGUAUGAAGCUGGCAAUCUUGAUCUUACAAAUAUAGUGGACAUACGUAUACGCUUCUUAAAUGGUGUCCAGGCAGCUUACUGGGAUAUGCUUGAUGAUGGGAGAAUUACGCAAAGCACUGCCAGUGUUUUGAUGCAAUCAGUAGAUGAGGCACUAGACCUUGUCUCUACAGAGUCUCUAUGCGAUUGGAGAGGCUUAAAACCGUGUGUUCGUUUCCCGAAUUACUACAAGUUUCUUCAAUCAAGAAUCAUCCCUCGCAAGCUGGUCACCUAUUUAAUCGUUGCAAGACUGGAAUCUGCUUGUUACAUUUCCUCUGCUUUUCUCCGUGGCCAUAGGAUUGCACGACAACAAUUGCAUGACUUUCUAGGUAACAGUAACAUUGCUUCUACUGUAAUCGAUGAAAGCGAGGUGGAAGGAGAAGAAGCAAAACAGUUCUUGGAAGACGUCCGUGAUUCAUUUCCUCAGGUUUUGAGUGUUUUGAAAACAAGACAAGUUACACAUUAUGUGUUGAAUCAUCUAAAUGGUUAUAUCAAAAACCUUGAGAAGGUUGGGCUCUUAGAAGGAAAAGAAGUUUCUCAUCUUCAUGAUGUUGUUCAGUCUGACUUGAAGAAGCUCCUGAGAAAUCCUCCUUUACUGAAACUUCCAAAUGUAAACGAUUUGAUCGCCACCAAUCCUUUACUGAGAGCUCUAUGA